AUGGACUUGGCUUUGUGUGGCUGCUGGAGUGAGGCUUGGGCUUCUGAGCAUAUGAAUUCUUUUUUUUUUCUUUUUCAGUCCUACUAUUUUGACCGGGAUGAUGUGGCUCUGAAAAACUUUGCCAAGUAUUUCCUGCAUCAGUCCCAUGAGGAACGUGAGCAUGCUGAGAAGCUGAUGAAGCUACAAAAUCAGAGGGGGGGACGCAUCUUCUUGCAGGACAUUAAGAAGCCAGAUCGUGAUGACUGGGAGAAUGGACUGACUGCAAUGGAGUGUGCCCUGCACCUGGAGAAGAACGUGAACCAGUCACUCUUAGAACUGCACAAACUGGCAACUGAAAAGAAUGACCCACACUUAUGUGACUUCAUUGAGACUCACUACCUGGAUGAGCAGGUGAAAGCCAUCAAAGAGCUGGGUGACCAUGUGACCAACCUGCGGAAGAUGGGGGCACCAAAAUAUGGCAUGGCAGAGUACCUCUUUGACAAGCACACCCUUGGGGACAGUGACAAUGAGAGCUGAAGUCUUGCUAAGAGCCACCCUGUGGGUUUCAGUGGGACUCCAACUUUACUGUCCAGCCAUGCAUGUAUCUUCAGCUAUUUAGAUAAACAGUUCUCAUAUUCUGUACCAAAUACUACCCCCUCUUUUCUCUUGUGUUUUGUGUAUUGCCCUCCAUCCAAUAAAGUGACUUGGUUCAAGUUGG